AUGGUGGCGUACAAGGCGCCCGAGGGCAUCGCGCCGCAAGGGAAGCCGUCCAAGAAGAGCGACGUGUGGAGCCUGGGGAUCCUCAUCCUGGAGAUACUCACGGGCAAGUUCUCGGCGAACUACCUCCGGCAGGGGCGGCAGGGCAACGCCGACCUGGCUGGGUGGGUGCAGUCGGUCGUCACGGAGGAGCGCACCGGCGAGGUGUUCGACAAGGACAUCAUGGGGGCCAGGGGCUGCGAGGCCGACAUGGUGAAGCUGCUCCAGGUCGGCCUGGCCUGCUGCGACGCCGACGUCGACCGGAGGUGGGACCUCAAGAUGGUCAUCGCGCGCAUCGACGAGAUCCGGGAGCCCGCCGCCGCCGCCUCCGACUCGUCAUCGUCCUAG